AAGUUUUCAUGUGAAUUUUGUAAAUAAAUUUGUUUCUGUUUGUAGAUUUUCAUUCAGUUUUAUUGUUCUUUCAUCACUUUGUGCAUUGACUUUGCUUGGUUUGAGUGUUGCAUUAUUUGGUAGCAGCAUAGCGAACAUUCAACUUAAAAUGCAAAAUUCAUCAUGAGAAAAUGUUACGAAUGUUUUUUUCUAUUUCAGCGGCUGAAUGGGUCAUUUGGAAGCGUGUUCAUCAAACUUCUUUCGACAAACAAUUUUUAAAUAAAAUCAGAUCCCGUUGGAUAAAAAUGAUGUUAUAUGCAUUUCAAACAUUACAAUAAAGUUGAUGUGGAUUAUGAAAUUACAGUUAGAACAUUCAAGCUGUUGAUAAUACAAAAAAACGACUCUUACCUAAUAAAAAAUGUAGAAUUUUUUUAGAACAAAUGGAGAGAGGGAGAAAAGACAAAUGAUUUCAUCUUUGUACACAAACGAAAGGAGAAAAUUGAGUGUGAAUCCAAACACGAAAACGGCAAUAUCUAGUAGACAUUGCAUAUCAGCAGUUACUGCGUGUGUUCGUUUCUGCACCAAACGGAUGAAAAACUCAGCGCUCUUUGCACAUGUAAGUGUAGAAAAUGUUCAAAAGGAAAUAGAGAAGAGCGCUCGUAAGAAAACGACCAUAGCACAUACACACACACACGCACUUCAUCACAGUGUAUUUGCAGUACACCAACAUUCUGAACAAUGGCAUCAAAGUUCAAAUACAUCAUUUGCUUGGAUUUCGAAGCAACUUGUUGGGAAGAACGGGAUUCAGAAAAUGCUGAAAUCAUUGAAUUCGGUGCAUUACUGUUGAAUCUCCAAAGCGGUGAAAUCGAUUCGGAAUUUCAUGAAUAUGUGCAACCAACGUAUCGUCCGAUUCUCAGCGAAUAUUGUAUAAGCUUAACGGGAAUUACACAGGUGCUCAUCGAUGCUCAAGCGAAAUAUCCGGUCGUUUACAACAAGUUUGUGACAUGGCUAGAGAAAAUCUGUGAUGUUUAUCAGUUGAAGAUGGCUAUGCCAAAUACUCGCACCACAAGUUAUGGAAUCAAUACUGCAUUUUGCUCUUGGACCAAUUGGGAUCUGGGUCAUUAUCUACGUAUCGACUGCACUCGUCAUGGAAUUAAUCCAAAACCAUAUUUGAAAACCUGGAUCGAUGCACGGAAGAUUUUCGAAAGAAAGCAUCCAGGACGAUACACAUUUCAAGAGGCAUUGGACUUCAUAAGCAUCAAGCAAACGGGAAAUGCUCAUUCAGCCAUCGACGAUGCAAGGACCUUGGCCAAGAUGGUUUUGAAUUUGUACCGAAGCGGUGCGGAAUUCCACAAAGUUACUGAUUGGAAAAAUUACUAGUGGGCUAAAAAGAAACAAAAAAUGUUUAAUGUGAACCUAUACACCGCGAUUGAAAAAGUAUUGAUUUUUAAUGAUUGAAAACGCUUUUCGAAACCUUAACAUUUUUAUGUCGCUUAUUGAAAUCGUUAGUAAUUAAUGAUUUUAUCACGUUUUGCCUUUUUUUUGCUUGGCAAACUGAACAAUAAACACUGUGACGAAAAUAUCUGUCGCAAUAUUGUUAUACGUUGCGAACCUAGCAAUUUCAAAUAAACCGCUAGGUGCUGAUAAAAUGUUAAUAGCAAAGAAAUAAUAUUUGAAUGCAAGUGUAUAGAUUAAGUUCUUUUAAUGACUGUUUCUUUUUUGUUAUCAUCGCGGUCAUAAGUUUCAUUUAUUUAGAACAAUGACAAAAAAAAAGUCUUGACAAAAAUUAAAGAAAAUCCCACGUUCAGAGCUGCGGGAAUAUUAAAAGUGUUUUGGAAAUAUAUUU